AUGUUAAAUGCGCCUGCGGGCGGUCCCUCACGGCAGCCUCGUGUCGGUGACGCUCGAGGUCUGCUGGGAAACUGUCAACGCACACGACCCUGGGCCGGAGGUACGUUUUCUUCUAUCUUCCUGGACAAGAAGAAUUCGCGUCCCCCGGCAACUAGACGCUCUCCACAGAAGGUCGAGACCGGCUCUGUUCCAAAGAGACGUCCACAAACCAACGCCCGCACCACCACCGCCGCCACCACCGCACAAACACACUCCCCACCCUCGAGGCUCUCCCCUCUUCCCACCCACGCCGGCCCGUCGGCCGCGUGCCGACGACCGACGCUCCACCGACCCUUUCGGCGCAGAGACACAAUGGCAACCACCGUCCGCGCCGACCAGCUGCAGACGCCCGCGCACAACCCCGGCGCAAGCGACGAGACGAUCUGGUCGCCGAUCGACACGCUCGAGUCCGUCGGGAUCCAGCGAGGCGACAUCAAGAAGUUCCAGGAGGCGGGCUACCACACGGCCGACUCAAUCUUGAUGACCUCCGCACGGCACCUCGAGCGGAUCAAGGGCCUAUCCGAGGCCAAGGUGCUCAAGGCGCAGGACAGCGCCGGGAAGGUCUGCAGAAGGCUGGGCUUCCAGUCGGCCCGCGCGGUGCGGGAGAAGCGGCAGUCGGACGUCUUCCACAUUACGACCGGCAGCACGGAGCUGGACAACCUUCUCAAGGGCGGCAUCGAGACGGGCGUCGUCACGGAGAUCGUGGGCGAGUUCCGCACCGGAAAGACGCAGCUCGCGAUGACGCUCGCGGUGACGAGCCUCAUGGCGCAAGAGCAGGCACGCGCCACGCCUCGUGCCCCCUCCCCCCGCCUCCCUCCACAUCUCCGGGCGUCGCGCCGCUCGCAGGGCGGCGGCAACGGUGCGGUCCUCUACCUGGACUCUGAAAACGCCUUCUCGGACGAGCGACUCGCAGAGAUUGCCGACCGGUUCGGCGUAGAUCGCGAUCUGGCCGACGAGAACGUCUUCGUGUCGCUCGUCAUCGUCGACUCCGUCAUGAGUGUGCUGCGGAACGAGUACCAGGGACGAGGCGAGCUCUCGGCACGGCAGCAGAAGCUCUCCCAGAUCCUCUACUCGAUCAAGCGGAUGGCGCAAGAAUUCAACAUCGCGGUUGUCUUGACAAACCAGAUGUGCGCGGAUCCCGGGUGCACUUUCACGAACGACGCCAAGAAGGCUGUUGGCGGACAUGUUCUCGCCCACCUGGUCAACCUUCGCCUCUACCUGCGCAAGGGCCGCGGCGAACAGCGCAUUGCCCGCAUCGACAAGUCGUGCAAGCAUGCCCUUGGCGAAGCCACCUUCGAGCUCUCGGCCGGCGGCAUCAUGGACGUCGCUCAGUGA